UCGGUAGCGGAGUGUGUCGUAGCGUGACCUGACCUGACCUGACCGGGAGAGACCACCUCUCACACCGGAGUUCUAGUCGCCCACGGCCGUCUCGGCAUCGUUUCUGUCUGCUCCGUAGCACCGACAACCACCUGCAACCAUGGUGAUUGAGAAGAAGUACAAGCCCGAUGAGGAGCCCGACCCAGAACCGUACCUGUACGUGUCUCUGGAGCAGAAGAGAAUCGACGCCACCAAGCCGUACGACUCGAAGACCGCGUGCUGGGUACCCGACGAAAAGGAGGGCUAUGUCCAGGGUAAAAUCAUCGACGCCUCCAACGACAAGACCACCAAGGUCCAGCUGCCCAACUUUGAGGAGAAGGACUUCAAGAAGGACCAGAUCUCCCAGGUGAACCCGCCCAAGUAUGAGAAGGUCGAGGACAUGUCCAACUUGACCUACCUCAACGACGCUUCGGUGCUGCACAACCUGAAACAGCGCUACUACAACAAGCUUAUCUACACCUACUCGGGCCUGUUUUGCGUUGCCAUCAACCCGUACAAGCGUUUCCCCAUCUACACUCUGCGUGCCAUCAAGAUUUACCUGGGCAAGCGGCGUAAUGAGGUGCCUCCGCAUAUCUUCGCCCUGUCGGACGGCGCCUACUCCGACAUGAUGGCCAACGGCCAGAACCAGUCCAUUCUCAUCACCGGUGAGUCUGGCGCUGGAAAGACCGAGAACACAAAGAAGGUCAUCACGUACUUUGCCCAGGUCGGAGCCACUGGAAAGAAGAAGGCCCAGGAUGACGGCAAGGGCACUCUGGAGGACCAGAUUGUGCAGACCAAUCCCGUGCUGGAGGCCUUCGGUAACGCCAAGACCACCCGUAACGACAACUCGUCCCGAUUCGGUAAGUUCAUCCGUAUCCACUUCGGCCCGCUGGGCAAGCUGGCCGGUGCCGACAUCGAGACGUACCUGCUGGAGAAGGCGCGUGUCAUCUCUCAGGGAGCCCUGGAGCGCUCCUACCACAUCUUCUACCAGCUCAUGUCCGACGCCAUCCCGGGACUCAUCGACCGCAUGAACCUGGUCAAGGAUAUCUACGCCUACCACUACGUCUCGCAGGGCAAGACCACCGUCAACGGCAUCGAUGAUGACGAGGAGAUGAAGAUGACGGACGAGGCUUUCGACAUCCUCAAGUUCUCCCAGACGGAGAAGGACGACAUCUACUCCAUCGUCGGCGCCGUCAUGGUCAGCGGAGAGAUGAAGUUCAAGCAGAAGGGUCGCGAGGAGCAGGCUGAGGCUGAUGGCACCGCUGAGGGUGACAUUAUCGGCAAACUGCUGGGUAUCGACGGCCCCGAGCUGUACAAGAACCUGCUGAAGCCCAGGAUCAAGGUCGGCAACGAGUUCGUCACCCAGGGUCGUAACAAGGAUCAGGUGUACUACUCCGUGGGUGCCCUGGCCAAGGGCAUGUACGAUCGUCUCUUCAAGUGGCUCGUGAAGAAGGUCAACGUGACUCUGGACACCAAGCAGAAGCGUGCCUCCUUCAUCGGUGUGCUCGACAUCUUCGGCUUUGAGAUCUUCGACUUCAACGGAUUCGAGCAGCUGUGCAUCAACUUUACCAACGAAAAACUGCAGCAGUUCUUUAACCACCAUAUGUUCGUACUUGAACAAGAAGAGUACAAGAAAGAGGAAAUUAAUUGGGUCUUUAUGGACUUCGGCAUGGACUUGCAAGCCUGUAUCGAGCUUAUGGAAAAGCCCAUGGGUGUGCUCUCCAUCCUCGAGGAGGAGAGUAUGUUCCCCAAGGCCACUGACAAGACCUUCGAGGACAAGCUGAAGACCAACCACCUGGGCAAGUCGGCGCUCUUCGUGAAGCCGAAGCCGCCCAAGCCCGGCCAGUCCGAGGCUCACUUCGCCAUUGUGCACUACGCCGGAACGGUGGCCUACAACCUGACCGGCUGGCUGGAGAAGAACAAGGAUCCGCUGAACGACACUGUUGUCGACCAGUUCAAGAAGGGCAAGAACGCCCUGCUGGUGGAGAUCUUCGCCGACCACCCGGGCCAGUCGGCUCCCAAGGAAGAGGGCGGCGGCGGCAAGGGAGGCAAGCGCGCCAAGGGUUCGGCCUUCCAGACCGUGUCCGGUCUGUACAAGGAGCAACUGAAUGGUCUCAUGAAGACUCUGCACGCCACAUGUCCCCAUUUCAUCCGCUGUAUCAUUCCUAACGAGAUGAAGGCCCCCGGUGUCAUCGACGCCCACCUGGUGAUGCACCAGCUGACCUGCAACGGCGUACUCGAGGGCAUCCGUAUCUGCCGCAAGGGCUUCCCCAACCGAAUGAUGUACCACGACUUCCGCCACCGAUACGAGAUUUUGGCGCCGAAAGAAAUGCGUGCGUGCAAAGAGGGCAAGGACGCCUGCGCCAAGUGCAUGGAGAAGAUUCAGCUGGAUGCGGACAAGUACCGUCUGGGUCUGACCAAGGUGUUCUUCCGCGCCGGCGUGCUGGGAGACAUGGAGGAGCUGCGUGAUGACGUACUCAACAAGAUCUUCUCCCAGAUGCAGGGCGUCAUCCGCGGCUACCAGGCCCGAAAGGAGUUCGCCAAGCUCCAGGAACAGCGCGCCAUGUUGCUGGUUGUGCAGCGCGCCAUCCGCAAGUACAUGCAGAUGCAGGGAUGGUCGUGGUUCCGUCUCUGGGUCAAGGUCCGCCCCAUGCUCUACGAGACCCGCAUCGAGGACGAGAUCAAGAAACUCGAAGAAGAGGCUAACGAUGCCACUGCUCGUCUGGAGGUCGAGUCCAAGGCCCGGAAGGAGAACGAAGAACUGAACAUCAAGCUGCUCCAGGAGAAGAAUGAGCUCCUCUCGCGCCUCGAGGCCGAGCGCGGCUCCAUGGGAGAUGAGAUCGCCAAGCAGCAGAAACUGCAGGCCCAGAAGGCUGACCUGGAGACUCAGCUCACGGAUGCCCAGGAUCGUCUCGCUGUCGAGGAGCAGGAGCGCCAGAAGCUCACUCAGGAGAAGCGCAAGGCUGAGCAGGAGCUGGCCAGCUUCAAGAAGGACUUCGAGGACCUGGAGGCCUCCCAGAAGAAGGUGGAAGCCGAGAAGACCAACAAGGACCACACCAUCCGCAACCUGAACGAGCAGAUCGCCCAGCAGGACGAGACCAUCAACAAGCUCAACCGCGAGAAGAAGCGCCUGCAGGAGAACCAGCAGAAGACGGCCGAGGACUUUGGCACCCAGGAGGACAAGGUCGGCCACCUGCUCAAGGUCAAGGCCAAGCUGGAGCAGACGCUGGACGAGCUGGAGGACUCGCUGGAGCGCGAGAAGAAGACGCGUGCUGAGACCGACAAGUCCAAGAGGAAGGUCGAGGGCGACCUCAAGCUGACCCAGGAGGCUGUGGCUGAUCUGGAGAAGAACAAACGCGAGCUCGAGCAGACCAUUCAGCGCAAGGACCGCGAGAUCGCUCAGCUGUCUUCCAAGCUGGAGGAGGAGCAGUCUCUGGUGACCCGGCUGCAGCGCGUCAUCAAGGAGCUCCAGGGCAGGAUUGAGGAGCUGGAGGAGGAGCUGGAGGCCGAGCGUCAGGCGCGCGCCAAGGCCGAGAAACAGCGCUCCGACCUGUCCCGCGAGCUGGAGGAGCUCAGUGAGCGUCUGGAGGAGGCCGGAGGAGCCACCGCCGCGCAGAUCGAGCUCAACAAGAAGCGCGAGACCGAGAUCGCCAAACUGCGCCGGGACAUCGAGGAGCAGAACAUCCAGCAGGAGGCCACGCUCUCGGGCCUGCGCCGGAAGCACAACGACGCCAUCACGGAGAUGGCUGAGCAGAUCGACCAGCUUACCAAGGCCAAGGCCAAGAUUGAAAAGGAGCGUCAGGGCUACUCCUCGGAGGCCCAUGAUGUUCGCAUGGCCAUUGAGCAUAUCAACAACGAGAAGGCCGCCGAGGAGAAGCAGACCAGGGGUCUCCAGGAGCAGCUGAGCCAGCUGAACGCCAAGCUGGAGGAGGCCAACCGCACCCUGGGCGACUUCGACACCGCCAAGAAGAAGCUGUCGGUGGAGAAUGCGGAUCUUAUGCACCAGGUCGAGGAGGCCGAGUCUCAGGUGUCCCAGCUGCAGAAGCUGAAGACCACGCUGCAGGCUCAGCUGGACGACGUCAACCGCGUCUGUGACGAGGAGAGCCGAGAGCGUACCACCAUCCUCGGCAAAUACCGCAACCUGGAGCACGACAUCGACUCUAUGCGCGAACAGGUGGACGAGGAGGCGGAGCAGAAGUCGGAUCUGGCGCGCCAGGUGGCCAAGGCUCAGGCAGAGGCUCAGCUGUGGCGCACCAAAUACGAACAGGAGGGCGUCGCCAGGGCCGAGGAGCUGGAAGAACAGCGCAGGAAGCUGGCGGCCCGCCUGCAGGAGGCCACUGAGCAGCUGGAGGUGCUCAACCAGAAGAACAUGAGCCUCGAGAAGAUCAAGACCCGGCUGACGGGAGAGAUCGACGAGAUGCACGUGGAGGUGGAGCGCGCUCAACAGCUGGCAGCCCAGAUGGAGAAGAAGGCCAAGAGCUUCGACAAGAUCAUCGCCGAGUGGAAGAUGAAGGUGGAUGACGUUGCCGGAGAGCUGGACGCCUCUCAGCGCGACUGCCGUAACUACAGCACUGAGCUGUACCGCGUGCGCUCCACCUACGACGAGAGUGUCGAACAGCUGGAGGCCGUGCGACGCGAGAACAAGAGCCUCGCCGAUGAGGUCAAGGACCUGAUGGAUCAGAUCUCGGAGGGCGGCCGCAACCUGGCCGAGGUGGAAAAACUCCGCAAACGCGUGGAGCAGGAGAAGGAGGAGCUGCAGGCGGCCCUGGAGGAGGCCGAGAGUGCGCUGGAACAGGAGGAGAACAAGGUGCUCAGAGGCCAGCUGGAGCUCAGCCAGGCGCGGCAGGAGAUCGAGCGGCGUAUCCAGGAGAAGGAGGAGGAGUUCGAGAACACUCGCAAGAACCACGCGCGCCAGAUGGAGUCGAUGCAGGCCUCUCUGGAGGCCGAGGCCAAGGGCCGCGCCGAGGCCAUGCGCAUGAAGAAGAAGCUCGAGACGGACAUCAACGAGCUCGAGGUGGCCGUCGAGCGUGCCAACGUCGAGACCUUCGAGAGCCAGAAGACCAUCAAGCGGGUGCAGAUGGAGCUGCGCGAGAUCUCCACUCAGAUCGAGGAGGAGGAGCGCGCGCGUGCCGAGGUGCGCGAGGCACUGGCCAUCUCGGAGCGUCGCGCCAACGCGCUGCACGGAGAGGUGGAGGAGAGCCGGACACUACUGGAACAGGCCGACCGCGGCCGCCGCCAGGCGGAGACGGAGCUGGGAGACGUUCAGCAGCAGCUGGCUGAGGUGUCCAAUAACUACAACAGCGUGUCCACCAUCCGGCGUAAGCUGGAGGAGGAGGUUCAGUCUCUGCACGUGGACCUGGACGAAAUGCUGAACGAGGCCAGGACCUCCGAGGAGAAGGCCAAGAAGGCCAUGAUCGACGCCGCCAGGCUGGCCGACGAGCUGCGGGCCGAACAGGAGAACGCCCAGCAACAGGAGCAGGCCCGCAAGUCCAUGGAGCUGCAGGUCAAGGACCUCCAGAUCAGGCUCGACGAGGCGGAGGCCAACGCCGUCAAGAACGGCCGCAAGAUCAUCGCCAAGCUGGAGGAGCGUCUGCGCUCUCUGGAGUCUGAGCUGGACCACGAGCAGCGUCGCCACAGUGAGGCCACCAAGAACCUCCGCAAGGCCGACCGGCGCAUUAAGGAGCUCCUCUUCCAGGCGGACGAGGACAAGAAGAAUCACACGCGCAUGCAGGACGUGGUCGACUCCCUCCAGCAGAAGAUCAAGACCUACAAGCGGCAGAUCGAGGAGGCCGAGGAGAUUGCCGCGCUCAACCUCGCCAAGUACCGUAAAUGCCAGCAGGAACUGGAGUCCUCCGAAGAGCGCUGCGACAUGGCGGAAUCCACGCUGGCCAAGUUCCGUGCCCGCGGCCGCGGCGCGUCGGUCGCACGCGCCGGCAGCCCUGCCAGACAGUGAACUCUCUCGUCGUCGCUCUGUGUCGCCCCUCCCCCCGCCCCCGCUGCGGUCAAGGUCGUCGACGCUGAUUGGCUGCCUCGGGCGCCGACCGGUCGUCGGCCUUGAGACCGCGCGUGGUGCUCCCCAGUCGUUCAUAACGGUGUCUUCGUGAUAAUGAAGGUGCCCAAAAACGA